CAAUCGUGGUCAAAAUAUAUCGAACAGAAUUCAGACCCGCGUCACUCUCGCCCACUCUCUUCUCUACAAUUCUCUCUUCCUCUCUCUCUUCUCUGCGAUUCUCUCUCUCCCUCUCCCUCCGACAAUGGCAUCGACGAUUCCCGAAAACCUUACGCGAGACCAGUACGUGUUUCUGGCGAAGCUGUCCGAGCAAGCCGAGCGUUAUGAGGAAAUGGUCCAGUUCAUGCAGAAGCUGGUGCUCGGCUCGACACCGGCAUCGGAACUCUCCGUUGAAGAGCGGAACCUGCUCUCCGUGGCCUACAAGAACGUCAUCGGUUCUCUCCGAGCCGCGUGGCGUAUCGUCUCCUCGAUAGAACAGAAAGAGGAGGGGCGGAAGAACGAGGAACACGUUACCCUAGUCAAGGACUAUAGAUCCAAGGUUGAGUCCGAGCUCUCCCAGGUCUGCGACAGCAUUCUCAGGCUUCUCGACUCUAAUCUCGUGCCCUCGGCCUCAGCCAGCGAGUCCAAGGUCUUCUAUUUGAAGAUGAAGGGGGAUUACCAUCGCUACAUGGCCGAGUUCAAGUCCGGCGAUGAGAGGAAAGCCGCUGCCGAGGAUACCAUGCUCGCGUACAAGGCUGCUCAGGAUGUUGCGGCCGCAGAUCUUGCGCCAACGCAUCCGAUCAGGUUAGGUCUAGCGCUCAAUUUCUCUGUUUUCUACUUCGAGAUUCUCAAUCAGUCAGAUAAAGCGUGUAACAUGGCUAAACAGGCAUUUGAGGAAGCCAUUGCUGAGCUAGACACUUUGGGAGAAGAAUCAUACAAGGACAGCACUCUCAUUAUGCAACUUUUAAGGGACAACCUAACACUUUGGACUUCUGAUGCACAGGACCAGUUAGACGAGCCAUAGAACAAGUAUGGUCCUAUGCUUCUUCUGAAGGAGGUGGUGGCUUGGAAUGUCAUUUGUGUGCUGAUUAAAAAGUGUGUAAUAUAUGGAAGGUUCUGGGUAUCAACCCAUAACAUAUGUCUUAAACAUUCAAACCAAAACUUGUUCUUAAGAUUUUUGGAAUUGGUAUGGAAAGGGUAGAUUUCAAGAGUA